CAUAGAGAAGAGCCGAUCAUGUCGGGACAAUCUCUCACGGACAGGAUCGCCGCGGCGCAGCACAGCAUGAGCGGUUCGGCCAUCAGCAAAGCAGUGUGCAAGGCCACGACGCACGAAGUCAGCGCGCCCAAGAAGAAGCACCUUGACUAUCUGAUGCAUUGCACCAAUGAGCUGAGUGUGAGUAUACCUCAUCUGGCUGACACUCUGAUUGAGAGGACAUCCAGUCAAAGCUGGGUUGUGGUGUUCAAAACCCUUAUCACCACACAUCAUCUCAUGAUGUAUGGCAAUGAGAGGUUCAUCCAAUACCUCGCAUCCAGAAGCACACUCUUUAACUUGAAUAAUUUCAUAGAUAAAGGGGCAUUACAAGGUUAUGACAUGUCCACCUACAUUAGACGAUACAGCAGAUAUCUUAAUGAACGGGCAAUGUCCUACAGGCUGGUAGCAGUUGACUUCACCAAGAUGAAGAGGGGGAUUGAUGGGGUGAUGCGCACCAUGAGCACAGAGAAGCUGAUGAAGACCCUCCCAAUCAUUCAAAAUCAACUGGAUGCCCUUCUGGACUUUGAGGCCAGCUCUAAUGUACUGACCAAUGGUGUGAUCAAUGGUGCCUUCAUGCUGCUCUUCAAGGACUCUAUUCGCAUCUUUGCUGCUUACAACGAGGGUGUUAUUAACCUUCUAGAGAAAUAUUUUGAUAUGAAGAAGCACCAGUGUAAAGAAGCCCUGGAAAUAUACAAGAAGUUUCUUAUCAGGAUGACCAAGCUCUCAGAGUUUCUCAAAGUGGCAGAGCAAGUUGGAAUUGAUCAGGUUGACAUCCCAGAUCUCUCACAGGCCCCAAGUAGUCUCUUACAAGCUCUUGAACAGCACUUGGCCUCUCUGGAAGGCAAGAAAAUCAAAGAGCUCUCCUCCAUCAACAGGGAUGAGAAACAGCAGGCUCAGGAGGCUGAGGGCAACAGAUUACAGCCUACAAAAGGAGUACAGCUCAAAGAUAUUGGCAUGCAGACCCCAACAGUGUCCCCCAGCGGGCAGUCCGUGGGCAGUGCCAACAGCAGCUGCACCAGUAGUGGUGCUACUGAGCUCCUCUCCAGUCCACCAGAUCUACCCAUCACAAACGGUGUGCACAGUUUCACCAAUGAUCAUUUCGACCUCCAACACAACCUUACCGCCCCUGUUCCAACUAGCACCCUGCCUGCCAAUAACAAUGGCUGGGGAGGACCCCUACUCAAGCCCACUUCACAGGUCCACGGCCAAGGCACACAAUUCCAUAACGGAGGAAAGUUACUGACUAACGACUUGGACUCCUCUUUGGCCAACCUAGUGGGCAAUUUGCACUUUGGAGCACCCUUGGCCAAAAAGCCAGAGAUGCAGUGGACCCACCUGGAGAAGAAAACCACAGGAGGAUCUCACUGGCAGUCUAAAGCCAUGAGUGGCACCGCACCGUGGGGACACACACACCUGGCCCCGGCCCCAAUUCCUAUGCCACAGAUGAAUGGAAUGAUUUAUACUGGCUAUGCACCAGCUCCGGUAGCAUUUCCAAUGACAACCCCCCAAGUGCCUGUAUAUGGGAUGAUCCCUCCUCCCAUGGGCCAGAUGAGUUCAAUGCCGUUGAUGGCACCCCAGCCUGUGAUGUACAACCAGCCUGUUCUCCGCACCACCAACCCCUUCACUCCUGUCCCUGGGACUCAGAUGCACUUCAUGUAGCACUAAGGAGAACGUCAGACUGACAGUAGCACCAGAGGAAAAACAUCAACCAACCCAAAACCAAAUAUGACAACGAUGAUGUGAGAAUUGGCUCAGAGACUGACAUGAUCAUGUGCCAUUUUUGCCCCUUGAGCUGUGUGUUUGUAGCAUUCCCUGCCCCCAGAGCAUAACAUAGUCCUGUCAUUUUACAUGUUCUCUUUAAUUUCCUAAGUGUCAGAUCUAGUGUUUCUAGAUGGCCCUCUUAGAUGAUGUCACUGGCUGAAUGCGAAUGGGAGUGACAAUGUAUAGUGAUUUGCGGUGGAAUGAAACAAUGUCAUGAUGUCAAGUCUCCUGCCCCCCUAUUUCCCCCCGGUUGGAGAGUUUGUUGUUGUAAUUGUGUGCACCUGAAACUUUAAUGUUUAUAAUGUCUAAACCAAGCCACGGUUUUGUAUGCACAUUGCCUGAAUAGUGUUUCGAAUCAGCCACUGUCAAUGUUGAUGAUCGUGCCACAGUUGCUGGCCUCCUGAAUUCUUGAGUCCUGGAGAAAUGUGUACAGGUCACUUUUGUACAUUUGUCUUGUCCCUGAACAUUUUGGACUUCACCUUACAAGUUGAAGCUGUUUAUGCAUACAGUAACUUGUAACAUUUCAUUCAGGUAUG